AUGGCCAAUAAAAUGCUCUUUGGCAAAACUCUGGACUCUUAUGACUCCAACCUCGAUGAUAUAAACGAACUUCUCUCCCAAUUGACCGAGGCCGAAAUAAAAGAGCUAAAUGAUGAUAUCGAUCCGGACAAUUCACUUCUACCAGCAUCACAGCGAUGUCGCGAUCAGACCACCAAGGCACCGACGGGCCCCUUUGAUCGAGAAAAGCUGAUCAAGUUCCUUGUCGAAAAAGCCAAGAAUGACCCCGACUGGGAUGAGGCUGUACCUUACGAGAAGAAAAUUCGGGGAAAGGUAUUCGAAAAGAAGAAGAACGAGCCAGAAAUGAUUGAAAAGAACGAACUCUCCGAUUUGGGCUUUGAUGUGGAGUUUGAUGAUAAUAUUAAUGAGGCGCUAAACAACGCCACGGACGACGAGCUGAUCGACUUGGCCGCUAUUUUGGGCUUCACCGGCAUGAUGAAUCAGGUGCAGUUCCACGCCAGUAUUGAAAACAAAGGCCAAGUUGGAGGUGGUUUUCGUGGCGUCGCCAAGGGCGAACAAUUAAAGACGUUGCCGGAUGAACCCCCGAACAUGACUGACGUUGAAGAAAGCAUCCAGAAGCUCUCAUCUGACGAUCCCACUCUGACGGUACUCAAUCUAAACAACAUCAAGACGAUGAGCGCAGAAGUCGUUUCUCGCCUCUGCGCGGCCUUGGGCGACAACAGUAAGCUGAAGGAGCUUCAUAUGGCCGCAACCAACCUCACCUCGUCAAUGGUUGAGCCCUUCCUUCCGGCCCUCAAGGCAAACCACACCUUGGAGGUACUUAACCUCGAGUCCAACUUCAUUACUGGCAAGUACCUUUGCGACAUGAUUCUCAAGCUCUUGGAGGCUAUUUCUGGAGAGAAGAGCGGCGUAACAGACAUUCGCUUGGCCAAUCAACGUCAGAGGGUUCUUGGGGUGCAGCUUGAGCAGGAGAUCACCAAAGUUGUUCUCCAGAAUCCCCGUCUGAACAACCUCGGCCUUGACUUCGACACCCCGCAAGCCCGGGUUCAAAUCCGCGAGCACCUGAAAACGACUGUGGACGCGAACAAACGACUCGCGCGCAUCAACAAAGGCGCGUAG